CAGGACAAUCUGUUGACCGAACACUACACGCAUCACCGUCCAUCACGAGCUUCCAUGUCGCCCUGCUCCUGCUCUUAUAAGUCGGCGGCACAUGAUUUGCAUCGGCCCCGCCUACAAACUCCAAACUAAUCAAGAACGAAGCACUCAAAGCUUUCUCCAAUGGCGAUUCAUCUGGUGCUUCCCAUUUCUAUCCUUCUGAGCUCAUUCUCCGGGGCCGUGGUGUCCGCGACGACGUUCACGCUGACCAACUCCUGCGGCUACACGGUGUGGCCGGGGCUGCUGUCGAGCGCGGGCUCGCCGCCGCUGCCCACGACGGGCUUCGCGCUGGCGCCGGGGGAGUCGCGCGCCGUGGACGCGCCCGCGUCGUGGUCGGGCCGCAUAUGGGGCCGCACGCUGUGCGCCGCGGACCAGGCAGGCUCCGGCCGGUUCGCCUGCGCCACGGGCGAGUGCGGGUCCGGGACCGUGGAGUGCGCGGGCGGCGGGGCCGCGCCGCCCACCACGCUGGCGGAGUUCACGCUGGACGGCGCCGGCGGGAACGACUUCUACGACGUGAGCCUGGUGGACGGGUCCAACCUGCCGAUGGUCGUGGUGCCGCAGGGCGGCGGCGCCGGGGGCAACUGCGGCGCCACGGGGUGCCUGGUGGACCUGAACGGGCCGUGCCCCGCCGACCUCAAGGUGGUGGGCUCCGACGGCGCCGGCAUCGCCUGCAAGAGCGCGUGCGGGGCGUACGGGCGGCCCCAGGACUGCUGCAGCGGCGACUACGGCACCCCCGCCACGUGCGAGCCGUCCGCCAGCUCGCUGUUCUUCAAGAACGCGUGCCCGCGCGCCUACAGCUACGCCUACGACGACGCCACCUCCACCUUUACCUGCACCUCCGGCACCGCCAGUUACCUCAUCACGUUCUGCCCAAGCAUCUCCAGCCUCAAGUCGUCCGUGAGCAGCAACAGCGGCGGCAGCACGAACCCGGCCGGCCUGCCUCUUGUCAACGACACGGUCUCCUUCGCCGGCCGGGGAGACAGGUCCUCGUCGUCGUACCCGUACGCCUACGCGUCGGCGCCGUGCCCCCUCGUGCUCGCGGCAGCCGUGUUCACGUGGCUCUGCGUCGCCUCGCACCACCGGCUGCGGUUGUAGAGCGAGCAAGGCCCCGCGCCAUAGGCCAUCGUCCCUACGCCGCCCCGCGUGCACCGCCCACGCCCAGCGCCCACCAGGCACAGGCGCACGGCACCCCUCGUGCAGCCGCGCGGGGCGCCCAUCCCGGACCGGCCCGGACGCUUUGACCUCGGGCCGUAUUGCUAAUUGUAUGUACAGAUUAUUAUUAGUUAAUUUCGGAUCCAGGAGCAGGAUUCGUCAAACAAAUUACUACUGUUUGGCAAAUCAUGCUCGAUUCAUUAGUUGGGAUUUGGGAUAGGAGUGGUCGAAUGGAGUGAGUCUGUGACUGUGAGUGCAUCUUCAGAUUUGGAUUGAGGUCGAAUUGAGAAUGCAGCAACUCGAUUGCAUUUGCACCGAUUGAUUCUUUUCGAGAUGGGAGAAUAGAACAGAACCAGGUGGUUGAGGCCCUAGGGGAAUGUGUAGACACGACGGGUUGGUGAAUUUUUUCUCGCGGUUUCUCAA